CGUGUAAACAUCGAUAAAUCGGCUUUUGCUGAUUGCAUUAAUUGGUGGAAACUUGGAAUAAUGGAUACCUUUUUAUUGUGAUGCAUUGAAUUUUAAAUAGUGUUAGUUUUUGCAAUUGGCUGUUUAUUUGUAUGACACCCUCUAGUCAAUGAGAGCUUUUGUGUUCGAUGAUCAUGUUAACUUGCUCAGUAGAAAGGUAUUGGUCACGUAUUCGAGUUGAACACUUCCACGACACGUUCCUAAGAACCUGCCGUCUAAUCCACGGUUCCCGAUACUUGAUCCUGUUUUUAAGUGCAGACUGCUUUUUGACCCGUGCUCAGUCCGGAAUCUUGUUUGUCAUAAUCAGUGAAGCGAGUCAACCUUGAACCCAACGGGAAAAACAAAGAGUGUAGUAGCAUCAAGUUUAUUUGUCCGUCACCUCCCACUGAAAUCAGCUCACAAAGAGCUAUAAAACGUCUUGCGUGCCCGUAACCAGAACCUCUCGAGCACGGCUUGAAGCGUGUACCUCUCCAUUCGAUAUUUCGCAUACUUAGUGACUCGUGGUACACAUCUCAGGAAAUAGCGAUCACUUUGAUUCGAUUUUAGCGAACACUGAAGACACAUAGAUCAAUUAUCAUCAUGUACUGGGCAGACCUCGUAGACAAGUUAGCGGGGCAUUCCACUGUGAUUAUUUUCCUUGCUCUCGUGGUUGUUUUGCUGUUUUUAAGAAAAACCAGACCGUCAGUCAAGAGGAAACCACCCGGUCCCUGGAGUUUACCAGUGAUUGGGAAUAUAUUUCUCUUUGGAUCCGCUCCUCAUAAGAACGUCACAAAGCUCGCUAAACAGUAUGGAAGAGUCUUCUCUAUGAAACUCGGAAGCAGGGAAGUCGUGAUUCUUAAUGACAUUAAGACAGUUAAAGAGGCUCUUCUCAAGAAUGGCACCGACUUCUCAUCUCGUCCGCCUUUGCACAGUUUCAUAUCGUCCAGCCGAGGUGAUAGAACAGUUGCAUGGCCCGUGUUUGGUCCAAAGUACGCCAACAACAAGCGAGCGACGGAAUUGGCCAUGCGAGCUAUCCUUGACAAUGACAAGUACCUCUCCAAAGUAGUUCUUAGGGAGACGCACGUGUUAAUCAAGAGUCUCCUAAACUCGGACGAGGGCCGGUUCGAUCCUUCCUACUUGUUAAAAUUCUUUGCCUGUAGUUUGCAGUUUUGUUUGUUCUUCGGGGACAAGUUACGCGACGCUUACGUCAAGAAGGCUCAAUUCAUGAUGGACGGUUCAACAGAUUUUAUAGAAAAUAGUGCCGUGGGUAACAGCGUAGAUUUCAUGCCAUGGAUGAAAGUGGUGUUCAAGAAACAAGUGGAAAAACUUGACGAAUCCGUCGCACAACUUACAACAUUUGUCAAGAAAAUUUUUUACCUCAUGAAGAGUGAUUCCAACCUGAACAACGAAGGAGAGUCACCCUCCAAGAUGCAAACUACCUUCGCCGAGGCUUUGAAGAAAGCAGUGAACGAUAGAGAUGCAUUAGAUUUUGGAAACGAACGUUUCAGUGAGGACUCCUUAGAGGGAAUGUCAAGGCACUUCGACGAUGAAACUUUGAUUAACAUAACAGCUGACUGUUUCGGCGGGGGAUACGAAAAAUUAUCCACCGCCCUCCGAUGGGCAGUGGCUUACCUCGUGUCGCAUCGCGAUGUGCAGACGGAGCUGCAGGAUGAGCUAAGACGCGUAAAAGGCUCUUCGACUUUGACACUUCACGACAGAAACAGCUUCCCACUUUUAGAGGCAACAGUUCUUGAAAUCUUGCGGAUGAGCAGCUUUCUUCCAUUCGCGUUGCCCCAUUGCACAACCCGGGAUACCAGUGUGGCUGGAUACCCUUUGCCAAAGGGAACCAUUGUCUUUAUGAACCUGUGGGCCUGUUCCCGUGAUCCACAGUACUUUGAAGACCCCAACACGUUCAAUCCAUACCGUUUCUUGGAUGAAACUAAACAGAACAUUGUACGAUCACCUUGUUUCUUGGCGUUUUCAGCAGGGGACAGAAAAUGCCCUGGAGAGAGUUAUGCCAAGUCAAUCAUGUUCCUGGUGCUUGGCACCUUGUUGCAGAAUCUUGAACUUCGUAAUGGAACCGAAGAUCCCAUCGAAGACAAAUUCGGGCUGACCGUUCGUCCAAAGCCGUACAAGAUUCGCGUUGAAGCGAUUCAGUGAACAUGGAAUAAGGAACUUGCUAUAGGUAUCAAAGUUACACAGUCUGACAUCAGGCUAAAUGACUGUCAAAGUGUGAACUAAUGAUUUGACAUGGAUUCAUUGAUAGUUACAAUGGAUCAAGUAAGUCUUGAUUCUUCAGGUUACCACUCAAUGAAAGUUCACAGAAACGAGAAAACGAAAUAGGAAAAGAAGUUGUUUUUAUUAAAUUAGGCAGGCAUGACCAAACCUCUGCUGAUCUUAAGCGUCGUGAGGUGCACUGCAUGAAUGUUUAAUUCAGACUUUGUUACGCAUUUUCUUGCUUUCAUUUUUUCUUUAUGCAUAUAGGACUGAAAACGACCUGCACCUUUGAGUGUAGUGACACUGACACAAAAAAACAAAACGGCAAGCGUCUGUUUGCAUUGGUGAACAUUUAAUCUUUAGCGCAUCAUUGAUGUCACGUAAUGUAAAACUUUGGUCGCUCGGGCGUAUUUUUAAAUCAGUUUCGCAACUUUUCAGUAUCACAGGGGCACAAUCUCUUCAAUAUGUUUCCUAGUUGGAGAGAGCGUGCCUGACUGAAUUUGGACGACGAAGCUUUACCAAUAAGCUGAGAUAACAUUCUGGAAAUAACAGUUUGACAAAGGUUAACUAAUCCCUCAGACCCCAGAAGCACUAUAGUUGUAAUAUCGAUAACGUCUACGUAUUAUUUUACUGGACAAUUUGGCAACAUCUGUGCUAACCCUGUUCGAGCCCUGUGUUCGAAAUUACGCUAGUCAGAGGUGCUUCUACGAGAAAACAAAAUUGAUAAAAUAUUUGGCAGUACGGCCUUAUCGAAUCUAAAUGUCAAUCUUAAGAAUAUUUAAUUAUCAUGAAAAAUAACGAAAAAUAUAGUCCUUUUUUUUAUAUUUUAUCUGAUUUGUUCUUGAGCAUUGUACUUCCAAAACAGAGGUUCUCUUUACUGUUUCGUAAAUACAUAAAACAGCUAGUUGAA